UGUUUGAUUAAACACUCGUCGCCCUGUUUCAUCCCCGGACGAGCCAUACUUCCCAAGAACACCAGACGGGAGCCACACGUACGUUGCAACUUGCAACAAUGUCACUCACCGCGAGCUCAUUCGCCGUACUCCUCCUCCUCGUCCUCUCCACGUGGCCGACGUGCCACGCCACCCACAACAUCACCGCCAUCCUCGCGGCGCGCCGGGACAUGUCCGAGUUCAGCCGCCUGCUCACGACGACGGGCCUUGCGGACGAAAUCAACGAGCGCAACACCAUCACAGUCCUCGCGGUCGACGACGCCGACAUGGCUCCGCUCAGGGCGCGUCAUCUCCCGCGGGAAGCGCUCCGACACGUGCUCUCCCUGCACAUCCUCGUCGACUACUACGACCACGACAAGCUGCACCGCCUCCCCGGCGGCUCCGCCGACGUGUCCACCCUGUUCCAGGCCUCCGGCGACGCGCCUGGCAGCGCCGGCAUGGUGGAGAUCUCAGAGCGCCGGGGCGGGAGCGUGGCGUUCGUGCCCCAGGACGCCGGCGACGACGCGCGCCCCACCAGCGUGCUCUUCGUCAAGCCCAUCCACGAGGAGCCGUACAACAUCUCGGUGCUGCAGGUGGGCGCCGUCAUGUCGUCCCCGGCCGCCGAGGCGCCCUCGUCGCCGGAGACUUCAACUCCAACCUCAAGGCACAACGCCACCGACGUCGUGCCCAAGACCAAGAAAGGGACCGGGUCAGCCGACGACACCGCCGACGCGCCUUCGGCGGACGACGGGGACGACGAACGAGAGAACCAUGCGAAGAAGAACGGCGCGAUCAGCGCGGCUCCCGGCCGGCUAUCCUUGGCUCUGGCGUUCCUGCUGGCGAUCAAGAUCGUCGUGCGCGUCUGAAGGUUGAUAAAGGCUGUGUGUUGUGAGUUGCUGUUUGUUGGGUUCCUCGAUCUUGUUCCUGCACGUGUCAGUAUUACUGGGGAUAUGGUGAGUGCUUUGAUUAAUUUGCUAGGUCGUUGAUGCGUUGGAAACUUUCUUGUAGUUUCAUUUUGUUUGCCAAGAGAGCUUUGCAGGUAUGUGUCCUGAUUCAUCUAGUGUGUCUAGUCCAGACUCCAGAUCUGCUGGUGUUAUAAACUGGUCUACCGAAAUGCAUUAUACAUUUGCCUA